GAAAUCCCAGGAUUUAUACCGACAUAGGCAAAGUAAGGGACCCACUUCCCCUAUACAUAUCCCAACAAUAGAAGAGAUAGCCAAACUACCAUCCGAUACCCUCGCGAGAAAUCGUUGCACCACUAUACAAACUAACACUCCGUAGGAUAUAAUCACAUAUAGUCACACUCUUUGUGCAUCUGUAGAGAGCGACAAAACCAACAACAGGUUUGAAGUACAUGGGAUGAAAUUUCCCUUCCUUCAUCCAGCAACCAGCAUGACAGCCUGUUUUUAAUGGGAAGAGAGGACCAUUAGAUUUUCCAUUCAUCCAUUUCCACUCAUCUAUCGCUCUUUUCUCAAACCCAUUAUUCAUUCCUUCUCACUAUAAAACCCCCAGAACCACAAUUUCCUCUUCCCAUUCCCUAAUCUCAAUCUUCAUUUCCCCUGAUAGGGUUUUGAUUUUAUUGAAGAUCGAGAUUAAGCAGCCGCAGUAGUGGUGCUGGUAAGAAUGUUGCCGUAUCAGACACUGCAAGAAGCAGAAUUAGAAUUAGAAUUAGAAUUAGGAAGAGAAUUAAGUUAUGCAGAGAAAUUAUGGUUGGAUUAUUCAGCUAAUAAAUCAGAUUUUUAUCUUUACUGUCAUACCAUUCUCGUCUUGUUUGUUAUUUUCUCAUUAGUUCCAUUGCCUGUAGUAUUUAUGGAGAUCAAGAAAGCACAUACCAUUCUUAAAUAUAAGAUUCAACCUAAAGUUAAGAUCUCUGCUCAAGGGAUUUUUAAAUGUUGGAAAGAUGUUAUGAUCACAAUCUGUCUUGUUGUGGGUCCUCUUCAGCUUGUUUCAGUGUUCAGGUAUAAGAUGGUUGGGAUUAGGACAGGAUUGCCAUUACCAUCAGGCUGGGAAAUGGUUAUGCAAUUAUUGGUGUAUUUCCUAGUGGAGGAUUAUACGAAUUAUUGGCUCCAUAGAUGGUUGCAUUGUAAAUGGGGUUAUGACAAAAUUCAUAGUGUUCAUCAUGAAUAUGAGGCGCCAAUUGGAUUUGCAGCACCUUAUGCACAUUGGGCUGAGAUUUUGAUUUUAGGGAUUCCGACGUUUCUUGGUCCUGCUAUGGUUCCUGGUCAUAUGAUCACUUUCUGGUCUUGGAUUAUUUUGCGUCAGAUGGAGGCGAUUGAGACACAUAGUGGGUAUGACUUUCCUUGGACCCCAACAAAGUACAUUCCAUUCUAUGGUGGAUCUGAAUACCAUGAUUACCAUCAUUAUGUCGGUGGACAAAGUCAGAGCAACUUCGCAUCAGUAUUCACUUAUUGCGAUUACAUUUAUGGAACUGAUAAGGGAUACCGAUAUCAGAAACAUUAUCUUGAAAAGCUGAAAGAAGCAGGGAGCAGCAACAUAAGUCCGAGUAGGUUUAUCAAGUCCUUGAAGAUGCAUUUGCAUUUACUUGGAAAUUUAGAUGCAGCCGAAUUUGGACUUAAAAAUUGUGGAGACUGCCUCAAGUCACAACUUUAUCAGCAUGCUAGCGAGCCAUUUACUUUGUAAAGCUUUUAAAGAUGUUAAUUCUUGCUGUUGUUUGUAUGUUGUAGCUGGAAAAAUUAGUGUCACUCUCACCAUCUUAAUCAAAAUUCGAAUUCUGUGUUAUCUUUAUUGCUAGCUUGGGUUCAA